AGAGAGCGACUGGCGAUGCUGGAGGUUCUGGAGUCGAAGCGGCUGCAGCUGGCGCCGCGUCUGCCCCGCGUGCCCGGAGCGGAUUCUGCCCGCCGCCCCCGGAGCCCUGCUGAGCGGGUUAUCGCUUCCUGCCUGUGACCGACCAGCUUUGCAGGUGCGGAGCAGGGAGGGCUGGGCCGGUGGGGAGGGCGCCUCCUGGAUGCACGUUGGGGGGCCUUGGGAGAUUGUUUCCCUGGUUAGAGAAUCCCCGCGCAGGAUGCGCGCGAUCACCGCGAGGACUCUGGGGGUCCCAAGCAGGGGCACAGCGCACCGUUUCUGCAGAUGCGAGGUGGGGUGGCGUGCGGGGUUGGGCUAAAGUUCCCCAUUACCUCUGACGGCUUGGGAGGGUCCCAGAGAAAGCCUCUGCAGCUCCGAAUUGUAAAAAACAUAAACCCUCGAAGAUUCGUGGUGCCCCUUAUAGGGGUAAAGGGCCAAGGGCCGAGCGGUCCAUCCUCGCUCCUAGAGCGGUCUUCAGCCCCUCCCCAACUGCCCCUGGGGGCCCCCUCCCUCUGGUUUGGCAGUCACUAAUUUCCAUGACAACGGAGAGUUCUUUAUGGGCGACAAUCCGGAGGGGGCUGGGCGGGGCUGCUGCGGGGCUGGGGGAGGAGGUUCUAAGCCCGAGUGGACUAUUGGCCCCCAAGCUAAGUUCAGGCUUCCAAGCCUUCUGAGGGUCUUUUGUCAAGGGAGGUGGGGGCGCAGCGCACUGACACACGUGCGAGGUGGGGGUGCGGGGCGCACAUGUUUCUGCUGGGAGGUGCGGGGCUUGCUGCUCACACGUGUGCCUCCCGCAUGUGUGUUGCUGUGCCAGCGGGGGCGAGCCAGCAGCACUGGGGAAGGGGGUCAGAGUGGUACCAUGGUGAAGAGCAGGGACUCUGCCUGGAGUCGCAGGGGACAAUUAAAGCGUUAGCCUCUCUGUCUUUUUCAGCUUGCUAUUGCUUGACAGGAGACCCUGGGCUUUUGAGCCCCAGCCCCAUGAAGGGCUGCCAACUGCUCCCCGACCCCAAACCUGUUCUAGCAGGUUCCUUCCUAGAGAACAGGGCCCCCUUUUCCUCACCAAAAGCUCCUAGCUGGUCUAUACGACUCUAGUGGGUCUUUUGCACACCAGCCUCCAAACACAGGCUCAGGCUUUGGGGCCCCCAGGACCACCUUUGCAGAAGUAGGCUGGCUUCCCCUCCCCCUCUGAGUUGAUUACUGGCAGAUUCAGUGACUUCUGAGCCUCCCUUUCCUAACUUGGAAAUUAGUAUCUCCAUUCCCUUCAUAGCCAGGAUGGGACAGAGGUCUCCCUUUUUUUCCCCUCAUUUAGUGUGGAUCCCCAGGCGCCCUACCCUGGCUCUGUAUAUAUCUGCUGCAGGCCCUUCUCUGUGUCUUCAUUCCCUGGUGGCUACCAAUUAGCCGGCUGGUGGCAGUCCUCUGCUCUGUUCAGGGAAACUGAGACCUGGGGGGUGUUGGUGUGCCUUUGUCUUCCUGUUUCUGGCUUGCUCAUGGUGCUGUUUUGGCUGCUGCUUUUGGCCAUCCUGAGAUCUGCCCAAGACUGAGGCUGGGAUGAAGAAGGGCCCUGGAAACCCAAGGCCUGGAGAGUUCAGCUGACUGAGGUGGAGAUUGCUGGGGACCCUGGAGCCUAGCAAUGCCGUUUGGGUGUGUGACUCUGGGUGACAAGAAGAACUAUAACCAGCCAUCGGAAGUGACUGACAGAUAUGACCUGGGACAAGUCAUCAAGACUGAGGAGUUCUGUGAAAUCUUCCGGGCCAAGGACAAGACAACGGGCAAGCUGCACACCUGUAAGAAGUUCCAGAAGCGUGAUGGCCGCAAGGUGCGGAAGGCAGCCAAGAACGAGAUUGGAAUCCUCAAGAUGGUGAAGCACCCCAACAUCCUGCAGCUGGUAGAUGUGUUUGUGACCCGCAAGGAAUACUUCAUCUUUCUGGAGCUGGCCACGGGGAGGGAGGUGUUUGACUGGAUCCUGGACCAGGGCUACUACUCGGAGCGAGACACGAGCAACGUGGUGCGGCAGGUCUUGGAGGCUGUGGCCUACUUGCACUCGCUCAAGAUUGUGCACAGGAACCUCAAGCUGGAAAACCUAGUGUACUACAACAGGCUGAAGAACUCAAAGAUUGUCAUCAGCGACUUUCACCUGGCUAAGCUAGAGAAUGGCCUUAUCAAGGAGCCCUGUGGAACCCCGGAGUAUCUGGCACCAGAAGUGGUAGGACGGCAACGGUACGGUCGCCCUGUAGACUGUUGGGCCAUUGGCGUCAUCAUGUAUAUCCUGCUUUCAGGCAACCCGCCCUUCUACGAGGAGGUGGAAGAAGAUGACUAUGAGAACCACGAUAAGAAUCUCUUCCGCAAGAUCCUGGCUGGUGACUAUGAGUUUGACUCUCCGUACUGGGACGAUAUUUCUCAAGCAGCCAAAGACCUGGUCACCAGGCUGAUGGAGGUGGAGCAAGACCAGCGGAUCACCGCAGAAGAGGCCAUCUCCCACGAAUGGAUUUCCGGCAACGCGGCUUCUGAUAAGAACAUCAAGGAUGGCGUCUGUGCCCAGAUUGAGAAGAACUUUGCCAGAGCCAAGUGGAAGAAGGCUGUCCGAGUGACCACUCUCAUGAAGCGGCUCCGGGCACCAGAGCAGUCUGGAACAGCGGCGACCCAGUCUGCUUCAGACGCUGCCACUCCUGGGGCUGCUGGUGGGGCCAUCGCUGCUGCAGCUGCAGCUGCAGCUGCAGGUGGAGCUGCCUCAGCCUCUGGGGCCAGUGCUACUGCAGCCACAGAGGGUGGUGCUGGGUGUGCUGCCAAGAGCGAUGACAUAGCCUCUGCAGAUCGUAGUGCUACACCAGCCACAGAUGGCAGCGCCACUCCAGCCACAGAUGGCAGCGUCACCCCAGCCACGGAUGGCAGCAUCACCCCAGCCACUGACGGGAGUGUCACUCCAGCUACUGACAGAAGCGCUACACCAGCUACUGAUGGCAGAGCCACACCAGCCACAGAAGAGAGCACAGUGCCCGCCACUCAAAGCAGUGCCCUGCCAGCUGCAAAGGCAGCAGCCACCCCUGAGCCGGCUGUGGCCCAGCCGGACAGCACAGCCCUAGAGGGUGCCACAGGCCAGGCUCCACCCUCUAGUAAAGGAGAAGAGGCUACUGGAUGUGCCCAGGAGUCUCAGAGGGUGGAGACGAGCUGAAUGGGCAGCCUGUUGGGGGGUUUUGAGGGAUGGGAAGGAGGGUGGGAGUUUGGAUGAGGGGCUUCUCACUGUAUAUAGAGUCACUGGCAUGAUGCCCUAGCUCCCCCCAAGCUCCCUCAUCCCAGUGGGGCAUGCCUGGGGGCCAUGGGAGAGCAGUCUUGUCUCCUGUGUGGAUGUAUGUGAGUGGCGGGCAGGCCAGAGGCAGGGCCAGCCCCAGCCCCUGCAUGGAUUCCUUGUGGCUUUCUGUCUUUCGCUAGCUUCACCAGUUUCUGUUCCUUGUGGGAUGCUGCUCUAGGGAUACUCAGGGGGUCCUUGCUCUCCUUCCCUCCCUGCCUCAUCACUCCCCCAGGCAGGCCCUGCAAACCUCAUCCUUUCCCAGGCCCUAAAUGGGUGGCCUUGCCCUGAGAGCUGGUCCUCCAGCGAGGCCCUGUCAGCAGUGUUAGGCUCCUGCACGGGAAGGUGUGUACCUGUGGUGUUUGGGCUGCUCUAGGAGUGUGCAAGAGAGGAUGCAGAAAACCUAGGGCAGUGUGCUUUAAGUCAAGUCUGGUCACGUGGUAGGGAGCAGGCAUUGCAUGUUAGCUGUGGGGAUCCUCAGAAGUGGGAGAGAGAAUGGGUAGAAGCUUCCAUCUUUUUUCCCUGGGUGGGGGUGGCGAUCUUCCCUCUUGAAGAUCCUUGUGUUAUUUCAUAGCCUCCUGAGUCCUGUAGCGGGUUGCUCUGUAUCCCGAUUCUUAGGAGACUCUAAAGGAAGAGAGAAACAUGUCGGACACAGCAGCGACGCCUAGGAGAACAGAGUACAGUGCCCCAGCCUAUCUGGCUCCUUCCUGUGAGCUGGAUAGGGAGGGCUGGUGUCCCCCCAUCCCCCCAUCGUCUUCCUAGAUGCCAUUACCAAGAAAGAGACCUUUGCCAUAGCCACCUCAUGCAGGCUCAGGCAGUAAAUCCUAUUCCUCCCAGGGAGGCGUGGCAGCACCUCAUAGGCUGCGUUGGGAGCAUGCUUUUCACAGCAGCAGAUUUUCUGCUCUUAGUGCAGCGAUAUGGGGAGGCUUUUCCUCUUUGUCUACCAUCAGAGGCUGAGGUAUUGCUCAGCCAUGUGAAGUAGCUCUGGCUGGGAUGAGGAAGUAGACUACAGUUCCCCAGCUCCCUGAGGGAUGCUCUCAGCAGGUGCCCUUGGUCAGACCCUACCACAGCCUGAACAGGCAGCCACGCUGGUCCUUGCCCUUGCUCGGCACUCCAUGGUGGUCCUGCCCUUCUCCCUGCAUGCCUGUGGGUCUGCUCUGGUAUGUGAAGGUUGGUGGGCUAACUGUGUGCCUACUGAACCUGGCAAAUAAACGUCACCCUGCAAAGCC